CUGAACUUACGCGAUGGAAGGGGCUGGUCUGUCAUAUCCGAUCAACAAAAGGGAUUGGUUGAUGCUCUACGUGACCUGUUGCCAGAUGCGGAGCAUAGGAAGUGUGCAAGGCAUGUAUAUGCAAACUGGAAGUCUAAAAACAAGACAGAUCGGGUCCGCAAAGUAUUAUGGAACGCAGUCUAUGCCUGCAAUGAAGUUGAUUGGAAGA